CACGUCCGCAGUCCCGCGGAGCCCGGGCAGGAGGAUGAGCCGCUCGCCGAGCCCCGCGCCCGCGCUGCUGGCCGCCAGCCUGGUGCUGAGCGCGCUGCUGCCGGGCGCCCCCGCGGAGCCCCGCUUCAGCCCCGAGGCCUGGCUGCAGCAGUAUGGGUACCUCCCCCCCGGCGACUUGCGGACCCACACCCAGCGCUCACCCCAGUCGCUCUCGGCCGCCAUCAGCGCCAUGCAGAGCUUCUACGGUCUGCGGGUCACUGGGACCGCUGACGCCAACACCAUGAAGGCCAUGCAGCGGCCCCGCUGCGGCGUCCCAGAUAAGUUCGGGGCCGAGAUCAAGGCCAAUGUGCGGCGCCGGCGCUACGCCAUCCAGGGCCUGAAAUGGCAGCACAACGAGAUUACGUUCUGCAUCCAGAACUAUACACCCAAGGUGGGCGAAGCGGCCACGCUGGAGGCCAUCCGCCGGGCCUUUGGGGUGUGGGGGGCGGCCACGCCGCUGCGCUUCCGUGAGGUGCCCUACGCCCACGUGCGCCAGGGCCGGGCGCCCCAGGCCGACAUCAUGAUCUUCUUCGCCGAGGGCUUCCACGGCGACAGCACCCCCUUCGACGGGGAGGGGGGCUUCCUGGCCCACGCCUACUUCCCCGGCCCCCACAUCGGCGGCGACACCCACUUCGACUUGGCCGAGCCCUGGACCGUCCGCAACGAUGACCUGAAUGGGAACGACAUCUUCCUGGUGGCCGUGCACGAGCUGGGCCACGCGCUGGGGCUGGAGCAUUCGAACGACCCCUCGGCCAUCAUGGCGCCCUUCUACCAGUGGAUGGACACCGAGAACUUUGUGCUGCCGGACGAUGACCUGCACGGCAUCCAGCAGCUCUACGGGAGCAAGUCGGGGGUCCCCACCAAGGCCCCCCCGGUGCCUCGCACCACGGCCAGGCCUCAUGUGCCUGACGAGCCCAGCAACCCCCCCUAUGGCCCCAACAUCUGCGACGGCAACUUUGACACCAUCGCUGUCCUGCGUGGGGAGAUGUUCGUCUUCAAGGAGCGCUGGUUCUGGCGCGUCCGGAAUAACCGGGUCAUGGACGGGUAUCCACUCCCCAUUGGCCAGUUCUGGGUCGGGCUCCCGGCAUCGAUCAGCACGGCCUAUGAGAGAAAAGAUGGAAAAUUUGUCUUCUUCAAAGGUGACAAGCACUGGGUGUUCGAUGAAGCCAUCCUGCAGCCUGGGUACCCCAAACCUCUCCGGGAGCUGGGCCGGGGGCUCCCCACUGAUCGCAUCGACGCCGCCCUCUUCUGGAUGCCCAGCGGGAAAACCUACUUCUUCCGGGGCAACAAAUAUUACCGUUUCAAUGAGGAGAGCCGCUCGGUGGAUGCCGAGUACCCCAAGAACGUCGCCGUCUGGGAGGGGAUUCCUGAGUCACCUCGCGGGGCCUUCAUGGGCAGUGACGAAGCCUUCACCUAUUUCUACAAGGGCGGCCGCUACUGGAAGUUCAACAACCAGCAGCUGCGGGUGGAGCCCGGCUACCCCAAGUCGGCGCUGCGGGACUGGCUGGGCUGCAGGGGCGGCCGGCGCGAGGACGACGAGCGGGAGGAGACCGAGGUCAUCGUCAUCGAGGUGGACGAGGCGGGGGGUGGGGCGGUGGACAUGGCCGCCGUGGUGCUCCCCGUCAUGCUGCUGCUCUGCGCCCUGGCGCUGGGCGCCGCCAUCCUGGUCUUCAAACGCCGCGGGACCCCCAAGCGGCUGCUGCACUGCCAGCGCUCCCUGCUGGACAAGGUGUGAGGGGUGGGGCUCCCCGGCCCCGCCCACCUCCCCGGCUCCGCCCCCCUGCUGCACUGCCAGCGCUCCCUGCAGGACAAGGUGUGAGAGGCGGGGCUUCUCUCUGGCUCCUCCCCUUAAGCUCCUCCCCUUCCUUGCUGGACAAGAUGUGAAGGGUGGGGCUUCCCCUUGGCUCCUCCCCCUUUCUGACAUUCCUCCCCCCCCCACUGAAGCGUGCUGAGCGCGCUCAGUAGCCUGCAGGGCGACCCCCUCCCCUUGUGUAACCAUGUGUCCUUUGACCUCCUGGGGAAAGAGCAAAGUUCAGGCCCGUCAGCUUCCCCUAUGACCUCUCAACUUUCACCUCACCACAGGGGAAGCCAAUGGGAGACUGCAGUGUGAUUGCCUCCCCUGAGGUCAUGCCGGCUCCUCCCCCCAGCCUUGGGCACAUGAGCUAGCCAAUCAGCUUGGCUCUAUUUCCCCUGUUUGCCAAGCUGGGUUGGGCUGAAUCUCCCAUUGGUCUGUGUACAAAGGGGGGGCGGGGCCAUCUGUGGAACAGAGGCCCCUGGUUGGCCCUCAGGUACUUUAGACAGGGCCUUGGGAACCCAGGGGUGGAGCCACAGAGAGGGGGCGGGGCCAUAAGACCCAUGGGGGUGGAGCUAUUAAAAGAGGGACGGCAUUUGGCUGAAGGGGGCAGGGCUUUAGUAUUAAAUGGCCAGGUCUAUGCAGAUAGGGGCUUUGCAUGCCAGUGGGUGGGGCUAUGCAAAUAAGGGGGCUCUGCAUGCCAGUGGGUGGGGCUAUGCAGAUGACGGUUGCCACGCAGUCCAACGGGCAGAGCUAGGGCAUAUAUAGAGGUCAAAACAAGGGCUUUCUAAUGGGCGGGGCUAUGCAGAUGAGGGAGAGGGCUAAGGCCAGAGCAGCAGGAGCAGGGGAUGAUGGGAAAACAGGCAGGGUGCUCAGGGGUAGCGUGAUGCACUUGGGGGCAGAGCCAAAGGAAGGGGGCACGGCCUCACCUUGCCCCCACUUUCCUGCAGGGCCCCAAGCAGGAUGGCAGGGAAUCUUGCCCCCUCCCCAUCCUGAGUAAUAGGGGACCCAGCCCUGUAGGGGUCACCCAGGAAUUAGCAGCCCCCCCGCCUCCCAGAAUCUGCCUAGGAAAGAGGGUUGGGGGAUAGUGGGUCCCUGUGGGGGGUCGUGGUGUGGGGGGCAGGGAGCAUGGCUGGAUCCAGUUUGGGAUGAAUGGGGCAGAUGGGGGGGCUGGUUAGGGGGUGCACUGUGGGCCCAGUUUGGGGUGAAUGGGCUGGUUUGUGGAGCAAAGGUCAGGUUUAGGGGUCCCCUCCUCUCCAGUUUUGGUGGGUGUGGGGUCUUAUUGGGGGAUUUUUUUUAAUGUAUAAUUUUUGUAAUAAAAAAACCUUAAUUCUUCUAUAGAA